AUGCUUUCAGAUAAUAAUAAUAAACAAAGUUUAAAAAGGAAAAGUUCCUCUGGUAAUAAUUGUAAAAAACAAAAAAUAUUGGUCUCCGAAACUCAUGAUGUUGUAUUAAGCAAAGAGAGCAGUCAAAUAAAUAAUAAUAUACCGAAUAGCAGCAAUAUUGAUAAUGGGAAAGAAAAUUUAAGAAGCAUCAGUGAAUCAGACAAUGGUACAGAAGACAAUAAACUAUUAGUACCAACAAAAGUAUUGGAAGUCAAUGUUAUUCAAGACUCGCCACACACUGAGAAAAUCAAAAAGAUUGAAAAAGAAAUAGCUCGGUGUAAGACUGUGAUAGCAAAACUUGAUGAACUAGAAGUCGAGGACGACAGUGUAAACUCACCCUAUAUUAGGAGUGAAAAGCUUAAAGCUAAAAUUGUUACGCUGUACGGCGAGUUAUGCGAACUCACGGGGAGUACACCGAUUAAGAAACGGAAGAUUCAUCUCAAGGUCGUUGAAGGUCAUCCCGAAGGACCCGUGAGGUGUUUGGAGACGUUUCUUAAUGAAAACAUAGGCAGUGAUGGUGACCCGCCAUUCCCUGACUUCAGUGACGUAGUGCAGUGUGUGAGUGAAGCCAACGAAAAAGAUAAGCUAGGAUGGACCAGACCAGAUGUACUCAAGGAAGCUCGUGUUUUAUUCACACAAUGCGGGCGCGCGCUUCAGCAGCGUCGUCAGAACAGAGAGUGGCAGGAUCUGUUACAUAAAGUGAAGUUGCAACGAUGUGAUACAGACCCCGCGGACAGCGACCCGGCGCUGUUAAAACAAUUAGAAGACAACAGACGCUACGCUGUGAAGAAGGAAUCGGAGCUACUAGAAAGAUAUACAAUGAUGCAGACGGCGCCAUCUACCGCCGUUUCAAGUCAAACACAAGAAUUCAUUAAAUGUGUUGAAGAUGAUGAAAGUUGUGAUGAGACGGAUGUAUCCAGAGAUAUAUCUUUAUGUCCGGAAAAAUCAGAAAAUGGCGGCACAUGUAUGAAAUUGCAGAACGAUACAAUAAGUGAUGAUUUAAAUGAGAUUAAAAUAAAGAAAGAACCAGAAGAAGAGAUAGAAGAACGUCUUGGGGAACUGGGAGAUGAUUACACAUUGAGCAUUAUUGAGAUAGACAAUGAUCCGCGCGUUAUCAUUGAAAUAUCUGAUAGUUCGGGAGAUGAGGGUAGUUGA